GUUUCCGGGCGGGCCUCCAGAGGCCUGCGCACAAGAUGGCGACCCCGGCCGGCACCGGGAGGCGCCCGCGGCUGGGCCUUAGGCUCUAGCGCGGGGCUGGGGCGGAGACAGACUGGGCUCAGGUGGCAGGUGGCAGGAGUGGCGCCGCCGGGCCUGGGGGGUGCAAGACCCGCUCGCUGCUGCCCCGGGACUCGCCUUGCCCCGGGGCGGAACCGUAGGAAGGUCAGGUCCGGCCUCUCCGCCCCCCUCCUUCCUGGCCCCCGCGCGGUCACCGUGCGUGGCUCACUUUGAGAGUUGACUUCAGCCACGUGCAGCUUCCAUGGCGGCCUCGCAGGCCCUAGGGGAGAAGAUUAACAUCCUGGCGGGAGAGCCGGCCAAGGAUGGGGACAGGGACCCGCUGGGGAACGACUGUUCCGAGCAGGACAGGCCACCCCAGCGCUCCUGGCGGCAGAAGUGCGCCUCCUACGUGCUGGCCCUGAGGCCCUGGAGCUUCAGUGCCUCGCUCACACCGGUGGCACUGGGCAGUGCCCUGGCAUACAGAUCCCAGGGCGUCCUGGAUCCCAGGCUGUUGGUGGGCUGUGCUGUGGCUGUCCUGGCUGUGCAUGGGGCUGGCAAUUUGGUCAACACUUACUAUGACUUUUCCAAGGGCAUUGACCACAAAAAGAGUGAUGACAGGACUCUGGUGGACCGAAUCUUGGAGCCCCAGGAUGUUGUCCGGUUUGGAGUCUUCCUCUACACUUUGGGCUGUGUCUGUGCUGCUUGCCUCUACUACCUGUCCCGUCUGAAACUGGAGCACUUGGCGCUCAUCUACUUUGGAGGCCUAUCUGGCUCCUUUCUCUACACAGGAGGAAUCGGAUUCAAGUACGUGGCUCUGGGAGACCUCGUCAUCCUCAUCACUUUUGGCCCGCUGGCUGUGAUGUUUGCCUACGCUGUCCAGGUGGGGUCCCUGGCCAUCUUCCCGCUGGUCUACGCCAUCCCCCUCGCCCUCAGCACUGAGGCCAUUCUGCAUUCCAACAACACCAGGGACAUGGAGUCUGACCGGGAGGCUGGCAUUGUCACGCUGGCCAUUCUCAUCGGCCCCACCUUCUCCUACAUUCUCUACAACACGCUGCUCUUCCUGCCCUACCUGGUCUUCAGCAUCCUGGCCAUGCACUGCAGCAUCAGCCUGGCGCUGCCCCUGCUCACCAUUCCCAUGGCCUUCUCCCUCGAGAGACAGUUCCGAAGCCAGGCUUUCAACAAACUGCCCCAGAGGACUGCCAAGCUCAACCUCUUGCUGGGACUUUUCUACGUCUUUGGCAUCAUUCUGGCACCAGUGGGCAGUCUGCCCAAACUUUAAGGGGCCCAUAGUCCACAAAACGUGUGCCCCUUUCUUAGGAUGUAUUGACGUCUUCGAGAAGGGAAUGUGAUUGGCAGUGACGGCACAAAGCACAGGUGUGAACUCCUGCCUUCUAAGAAUUAUUAUUAUAUUCUUCAAGAGAAUUCUGCUGUUUUUCUGUUUGUUUUUGUUUUUCCCAUUUUAUGAGGAAUUU